ACGUUCCGUUAUUCCACUGGCAGCUGCCCACCCAAUCACCAUUCACUCCCUGGUUAAAUCACGUGUUUAGCCGGCCCCAUUUAUUUACCCACCACACAUUUCUUCUUCUUCUUCUUCUUCAAUUCACUCUCUGGUUCGCCUUCAAUCUUCUGGUUUGCUUUCUCAACUCAUUUCUUUCUUGCUUGAUUUGUUUUGUAAAGCCCAGCACAUGGAAAAAUGCCAGAAGGAAUCACAGCAGAGGCUCUCUUGAACAACAUGAUGGAGUCAUUCGCAGACAGUGUACCGAAGCAAAAAUCUGUGUCAUUCUUCGAAGAGGAGAAAUCAAGAAAAGUCACUGAGCAAUUCAAUAGGCUCUUCGGUCGCCAGAAGCCAGUGCACCAUGUUCUUGGAGGAGGCAGAUCUGCUGAUGUGCUGCUGUGGAGGAACAAGAAAAUCUCAGCCAGUGUUUUGGCUUCUGCUACAAUCAUGUGGUUGCUUUUUGAGUGGCUUGACUAUCACUUGCUCACCCUUGUUUGCUUUGCUUUGAUUCUUGGAAUGUUUCUUCAGUUUCUGUGGACUCAUACUUCUGGCUUGGUGACCAGGUCUCCAUCACAGGUCCCCCGGAUCGUUCUUCCGGAAGAAGUGUUUGUAAACCUUGCAAAGAUGAUUGGCUCUGAAGUGAACCGCGGUUUGGGAUUCCUUCAAGACCUCGCCUGCGGAGGGACAUCUAAGCAGUUCCUAAUUGCUGUGGCAUGCUUGUUGGCUACUGCUGUCAUUGGAACCUGGUGCAACUUUCUGACUGUUGUAUACAUUGGUUUCGUUGGCGCGCACACACUGCCAGUUCUAUAUGAGAGAUAUGAAGACGAAGUGGACAACUUUGCAUAUAGCGUCUUUGACCGGCUACACCACAAUUACAGGAAGCUGGAUUCUGGGUUUCUCAGCAGAAUCCCAAAGGGCAAAUUCAAAGUGAAGAAGCAUGAGUAAUAGUAGUAGCAUAAGCCUUCAUUUUCCCUCCCCAUUUCACUAUUAUUAUUAUGUGCACUUGAUUGCAUAUGUUAAGACAUUUAAUUUAAUAUCCCCAUCUAUUAAUUCCCAUAAAUAUUAGAAACUUCAUGAGUUAAUGUUUAUUUAUAUUUAUCAGAAUUAAUAGGUGUACUCUUU